CGGAAGCCCGCCCACCGCGGCCGCGUGAGCUUCCCUGGCAGGGGGUGCUGCGGGGCCCUUUGCUCUCCUCUGCACGCCUCCUGGAGCCGGGGUGCCUGCUCGGCGCGGAGCCGCUAGCUCCCGAGCCGCGCCGCUGGUAGCGGUCGGUGAAAGGCCAGCUCGCCUGACCCUCUUCGUUUCUUUCCCCGGAGCAGGCCCCCGGAGCGGAGCCGGAGAUGCUCAUGCACAUGGAUCAGAAGGAGGAACUGCGGUUGUCCCGUCCCCGCUCCUGCGAAGGGAAGAGUGCUCUGAGCGGCACCUCAGCUGAAGAUGGGAUUGUGAGCACGAAUGAAGACAAUGACCAUCAAGGUGUCCCCAGGCCCGUGGAAUCCAAGGGUUUAUGCUCAGGACUGUCUGAGGAGAACAGUUCCCAGGGUCCUGCACAGAACCCUGUUCUCCCAUACAGUUCAGAAAGGAUUCAGAGAUCCAAGAGCUUCCAGGUGAGCUCCAACCUCAUCCAGCAUCGGAGAAUCCACACUGGAGAAGAACACUUCACCUGCACUGAAUGUGGGGAGAGUUUCCAGCACCGGUCACAUCUUAUUCAGCACCAGAGGAUCCACACAGGGGAGCGGCCCUACGAGUGCUCCGAGUGCGGGAAGAGCUUCAGAGAGAGCUCGAAGUUGAUCCGGCACCAGGUAACCCACACUGGGGAGAAGCCCUACAAGUGUGCCGAGUGUGAGAAGAGCUUCUCUGGGAACUCGCAGCUUGUCCUGCACCAGUGGGUGCACACUGGGGAGAAACCCUACAAGUGCAGGACCUGUGGGAAGAGCUUCAGUGUGAGCUCGAAGCUAAUCGAGCACCAGCGGGUGCACACAGGGGAGAAACCCUAUGAGUGCAGGACAUGCGGGAAGAGCUUCAGUGUGAGCUCAGCCCUGACACAACACCAAUGGGUCCACAGCAGUGAGAAACCCUACGAGUGCAGGACCUGUGGGAAGAGCUUCAGUAUUAGCUCAAACCUGAUCCAGCACCAGGUAAUCCACACUGGGGAGAAUCCCUACAAGUGUGUUGAGUGCGGGAAGACUUUUUCCAGCAACACACAGCUCAUCCGGCACCAGCGGGUGCACACUGGGGAGAAACCGUAUGAGUGUACAAAGUGUGGGAAGAGCUUCAGCGUGAGCUCAUCCGUGAUACGACACCAGCGGGUCCACACCGGGGAGAAACCCUACAAAUGUGCUGAGUGCGGUAAGAGCUUCUCUGAGAACUCGAAGCUUGUCCAGCACCAGCGGGUGCACACUGGGGAGAAACCUUACGAGUGCAGGACCUGCGGAACAAGCUUCACCUUGAGCUCAGCUCUGGCGCGGCACCAACAGGUCCACACCGGGGAGAAACCCUAUGUGUGUACGGACUGUGGGAAGAGCUUCGGGCACAGCUCUGCUCUCAUGAAACACCGGCUGAUCCACACCGGGGAGAGGCCCUACUCCUGCGUGUUCUGCGGGGACAGCUUUCGGCAAAGUGCCCACCUCAUCCAGCACCAACGCAUCCACACUGGGGAGCGUCCCUACGUCUGUGCUGAGUGCGGGAAGGGCUUCAGAGUGAGCUCGGCGCUCUUCCGGCACCAGCAGACCCACAGGGGAGAGCGGCCCUACAAGUGUUUCGAGUGUGGGAAGAGCUUCACUGUGAGCUCGAAGCUGAUGCGGCACCAGGUAACCCACACUGGGGAGAAGCCCUACAAGUGUUCCGAGUGUGGGAAGAGCUUCUCCGACAACACACAGCUCAUCCGGCACCGGCGGGUGCACACUGGGGAGAAACCCUACGAGUGCAGGACCUGCGGGAAGAGCUUCAGCGUCAGCGCAGCCCUGACACAACACCAGCGGGUCCACACGGGGGAGAAGCCCUACAAGUGCUCAGAGUGUGGGAAGAGCUUCUCUGAUAACAAGAAGCUCGUCCAGCACCAGCGGGUGCACACUGGGGAGAAACCCUACGAGUGCAGGACAUGCGGGACGUCCUUCAGGAUUAGCACAACCCUGGCACGACACCAGCAGGUCCACAGUGGGGAGAAACCCUACAAGUGUACGGACUGUGGGAAGAGCUUCGGCCACAGCUCUGCUCUCAUGCAACACCGGCUGAUCCACACCGGGGAGAAGCCCUACUCCUGCGUGUACUGCGGGGGCAGCUUUCGGCAGCGUGCCCGCCUCAUCCAGCACCAACGCAUCCACACCGGGGAGCGUCCCUACGUCUGUGCCGAGUGCGGGAAGGCCUUCAGAGUGAGCUCGGCACUCGCCCGGCACCAGCAGACCCACAAGGGUGGGGAGCCCUAGGUGGGGUGAGUGUAGGGAGCAGUGAGGUCUGAUACCCUGUGAGCAAAGCCUGGUGUCUCCCACUCCCAUUGACCACCCUGCUUGUGGAGGGUGAAAGCAGUUUCUUCCUAGGAGAGUGAGCCCUCAGAGAUAAAGAAGGGGAGAGCCGGUGGAGGGAGCGAGUUAGAGGUUUGGGGCAGGUGUCAGGAGGAAGGUGCCUGACUCUUCAGUGGUGGGCAGCCCCAGGAUGAGGAGCAGUAGCCAUGAACUGAAACACAAGAGGUUUAACCUCGACA